AAAUCUCAUUAUUUGGUAUCACAUACUACAGUUGGAAACACGGAUAUUAGAUUAUUCACCAUAUUAAUCUAACAACAAAUAUAUAAAUUAACAAGAGUUUACAUUUGAUGUCAAAAAACAAGGGCUUACAUAAAUAUAAAACGUAUAUUUUCGUGAGGAGAGAGGAGCUCAGUAUCAAGGAAAAAAAAGGAGAGAGAAAUAUGGGAAGAGGGAGAGUGGAGAUGAAGCUAAUAGAGAACAAAAUCAAUAGACAAGUGACCUUCUCAAAAAGAAGAAACGGUUUGAUGAAGAAAGCUUAUGAGCUUUCUGUUCUAUGCGAUGCUGAAGUUGCUCUCAUCGUCUUCUCUAGCCGCGGAAAGCUCUACGAGUUCGGCAGUGUCGGAGUUGAAAGAACAAUUGAACGGUAUCAUCGUUGCUACUACCGUUCUCUGAGCAAUAGUAGGCCUGAGGAGUCUACACAGAAUUGGUGUCAGGAGGUGACAAAGCUCAAAUCCCAUUACGAAUCUCUUGUUCGCACUAAUAGGCAUUUGCUUGGAGAAGAUCUUGGAAAAAUGAGCUUGAAGGAACUGCUAGGGUUGGAGAGGCAGCUGGAAGCCGCUCUUACUACGACUAGAAAACGCAAGACACAAGUUAUGAUAGAAGAAAUGGAAGAUCUUCGGAAAAAGGAAAGGCAACUCGGAGACAUAAACAAACAACUCAAGAUUAAGUUUGAUCAGGCCGAAGGCCUUGCUUUCAAAUCGUUUCAAUAUUUAUGGCCAAACACGGCAGCAUCAGUGGCCGGUGAUCCCAGCAAUUCUGAAUUUCCGGUUCAGUCUAGUUCAGUGGAUUGCAACACCGAACCCUUUUUACAAAUAGGGUUCCAACAACAUUACUACGUGCAAGGUGAAGGUUCUUCUGUAUCAAAGAGUAACAUAGCAUGUAAGACCAAUUUCGUCCAAGAUUGGGUUCUUUGACAGGUUGUUGACUACAUCACAAGGCCACUAGUGACACGGCAAUUUCAGUUCUAAAGCUCGAUUUUUCAGUUAGACUUGUACUUAGCUCAAACUCGUGUGAAUGUAUUCGCAUGUUUGGGUUCUUUAAAUAUUUUCUUUUCGUUAGUGUGUUUCUCCCUGAUCUAAAACAUUUGUUUGGGUUUACUAACACUCAUUUUCAUACGAACUGAACCUGACAUUCCAUAACAAUAAGGUAAGCUGUAACCAAAUAUGAACGAAUCAUAAUAUGUCAGUGCGUCAAGUAGUAUUCUUGGAGAGGGACCUACUUUCUUGUUAUAUGAUUUGAGUUUGGCAAACAUCUCUGAUCUAUCUUUUCCAAGUCCUAUCACUGGGCUAUUAUUGCAAUGUAAGCCCUUUCUAUAAGUAGGCCCUUAUGGGCCCAGAACUCUAUCGAUAAGAACGUGCUGAAUGCAAUAUCUCGUUAUCUAUGUAUACAUUACAUUCUACAAAAGGUAUUAGUGAAAAAUUAACAUUUUCAAAUAUUAUUAUAAGAGAUCUCUUAUUAUAAUUGUGUCGAACGGGCAUAUUCCUUUAGUUACAAACAAAGAUAUAUACAUAUAUAACCAGUCUAAAACACCGAUAUAUAAUAAAGUAAAUAAUAAGGAAAAA